AUGAUCGCGCGCACCUACGGCACGGCUGAGAUUCAAAGCGGCACGCCGUCGCCCCUCAAGUCCCGCUUAUCCCUGGCUGGCAAGGUGGCCCUGGGAUUGAUUGCCUGUGCCGUCAUCAUGGCCCCCGAUACGCGUCAGGCGUCCGCCAUUUCUCAACUGGAACAAUGGCCCGCGCCCCUGAAAGGCAGUGCUCCGCUCAAAGACAAGAUUCAGCAGCUCACAACCCGCGUCGCCGCCCUCGAAAACUACAUCCAGGCCGCAAGCGAUUCGAAGGGCGGUUCGUGCAGUUUGCUUGGAAGGGACGUUUGCACCACGUUGAAACAAAUUGAAGACGCAGAUCGCUCCGCCCGCGACGCGCAGCAGGACGGCAAGCCCACCGUCGCCGAGGCCAUUGCAGACCUCCAGAAUCGCGUCGUGGCCAUGGAGCAGUACCUUCAGACCGGAAGCUCUAAUGAAUCCGCGCCCGUGACAAGCAUGACGCUCAAGGAUCAGGUUCAGGACCUCCAGAGCCGCGUCGGCGCCAUCAGGAAGUACCUCGUGGACCAGGCCAAGCAAUCGGGCGGUUCCGGCACUUCGCGUUUUCUCGACAUGAUAAAAAGUCAAAUUGGCGUGCCCAAAUUCGACGAAAAAAUGGUCGGCUCGUUCGGCGAGUGGGCGGGCACGCCGGGCGCGCGUCUUCUAGACAAGGGCCAGGCGACGCCGGCCGAGAGCCGCGAGGUCGUGGAGGCGCUCAACGGGACGUCGGAUGCCUUCAGUGUCCACGCCGGGCUACUCAAUGACUCCGAGUGUGCCGCGCUGCGUGCGAGCUUAGAUGCAGAGCAUGCACGGGGCACGCUUGCGGGCGAGGCCGACCUCAAGCUGAACAUCACGCUCAAGGAGUUGGAGUACAUCGUCGGGACCGCGGCGGCCGACCGCCUCGUCGCCUUCUGCGGCGGGCACUUCGACACGAUCAUCAUCCGGCGCUGCGAGCCCGGCGGCCAGAUUAUCAACUUCCACAAGGAUGAUCAUUUGCGCACCAUUCUCAUUGCACUCGUAGACGACGAACAGUACGAGGGCGGCCGCCUCGUGUUUGCGACGCGCGACGGCCUCCGCGUGCCGCCGCGCCCGGCCGGCACGGCCACUGUGCACACGAGCGCCGUCGUCCACGGGGUCACGCGUCACACGGCGGGCGUGCGCUACGGCCUCUUCUUCCUCCAGGGCAUGGGCGGUGUCGGCACCUUGUCUGAUUUGGGCUACGACCAGGACGACUCGGGCGCGACCUACGUCGCCACGAAUGGCACGAAUGGCACGAUGACCGAGGACAAACCAUCGGCUGUGAUCACGGGCAUGGACGGCCUCUACCGCGUCGACUACGACCAGCUCGACGCGGACAUGGUGAAGCUCGCCUGA